CAUGCCGCCGUCGCGCCAUCGCUGCCGGACGAGCUCCUCGAGGAGAUCUUCCUCCGCCUCCCGCCGGACGAGCCCGCGCACCUCCUGCGCGCCUCCCUCGCCAGCAAGCUCUGGCUCGGCCUCCUCUCGUCCCCUCGCUUCCGCGGUCGCUACCACGAGCACCAUGGAGCUCCCCCCAUGCUGGGUUUCCUUCAUACCUGGCACUACGGCUCCCACCCCACCAAGGUAGAAGACCCCAUCCCACACUUCACAUCCACCGCCAAAUUCGGCGCGCGCAUUCCCGACGACGAAUGGACCGACGACGAAUGGGGGAACAUUUACUACACUGCGUGGGACUGCCGCCAUGGCCGCGUCCUCCUUGGGGGUUCAAACCAGUUACCUAUGCCGCUCGUCGUUUGGGACCCCAUGACGGGUUGCCGGAGGAAGCUGCCCGCCCCAUGGAUCUCGGACGACAGCCACGCUGCCGCGGUGCUCUGCGCCGUGAGCGGCUGUGACCACCGCACUUGUCACUCGGCUCCCUUCCAGGUGGUCUUUGUCAGCCUGUACACGAAAGAAGAUGAUCAUGAUGAUUGUGUUGCACGCGCCUGUGUGUCCUUGCCAGAGACCGGUGACUGGAGCAAGCCCGUCCCUCAAUUCGAUGAGUGGGUCGAGCCAUGCCCUGAUCUUCAUCUUCCAGCCGAUGCAUUCAUCAAGCCAAUGCCCCCUGUCCUUGUCCAAGGAGCACUUCACUUCAUGCUUAAGUAUGUUGAUGACGACAGUGCAGAAAUUCUCAAGUACGACUUGACCUCUAAUAGCUUAUCACUGAUUGAUGCACCGGUUCAGUAUUCUCCAAUUGCCAGUGCCCCUAUCCUCAUGGCGAUGAAGGAUGGCAGCUUGGGGUUUGCACUAGUGGAUAAGCUAACCCUCUACAUAUGGUCAAGACUGAUGGAUUCCAACAGAGUUGCGUCAUGGACUCAAUGUAGAAUUACCAAUCUCAGGAGCCUUCUACCCAUCCAAAAUCCCGAGGAAAUUAGCCUUAUACUGGUUGGAUCUGUGGAGGGCAGUGAUACCGUUUUCGUGACCACAGACCUGGGCAUCUACGAGAUUAAUGUCAAGUCACAGCGAUGGAAGAAGAUAUGGAAGAGAGAAAAUUUCCGUUCUUUGAUUCCAUACAUGAGUUUCUACAAUCCACAAGAAAGGGUGACGCCCACUCCCUGUGACGCAGCACAUUGACAAGGUAUGGUUGAAUAUGCUCAGGUUAGGAUGCCACUCUCAUCAACAAGAAAGAUGACAAGCUUGGAGGCGAAAGGGGUCUUGUGAUGAAUUAUGUCACUAUUUAGUAGCUCUUUUGGUUCAGUGGUGCUUGCUUGAUUUCUCAUAUUGUUUUUCGCUUUUGUCAGUCAGCUUGAUAGUUUCCCCAUGUCGUUGGCGCGUGUAAUCGGGUGAAUGGAGUAUCUUGUAAUGAACCUCCAAUUCUUGCUGCUGCAGUAUGAACCAUGUGCUCUGUUGUUUAAUUUGCUGGAAAAUGCAUCUGCAGACGGAUGCUUUUUCUUAUCAUUCUGAAAACUCUACACUCUACAGUUUGCUCUCCCAACUCUCUAAAUUCAUCUCUCCAAGGAGUUAC